AGACAAAGAUGGUUGAUUCCAUCAUUCUCCUCGUGCGGCGCUCCGACGGAGCUAUCUUGGCAAGCUCUAGGACAGAAAGAGCCAUGUUCCUACCGUGAUUACCAUGACGAAUAAACACAUGGCUACAAACCCUGACUGACGAGGGCAUGCCGAGAUGGCUCAGGCGCGGGAUGCUAGUGGGUCACAAGAUGACAACGAUGUGGAAGGGCCGUGCGGGUGGGGCAACAUCCAACCGGCCUGCCUGCAGCGAUUUCGUACGCCCAGAUGGGCCCUGGUGGCCCUCUGCUCCGCAUCCUUCAUCCAGGGGCUCACGAUCAACGGUUACGUGAACGUCGUUCUGCCCACAAUCGAGAAGCGAUUUCAGAUGCGCAGCGUUCAGUCCGGCAGCAUAAUCAGCAUGUACAAUGUGGGUUCUUUCAUAUUCAGCACGCCUGUUGCUUAUUAUGGAAGCACUCGACACAAGCCCAGGAUCAUUGCCAUCGGCACCGUCGUUAUGGGACUUGGAUCCGCUAUAUUUUCGGUACCUCACUUCUUAGCACCGAGCUACACAGCCCAUUUUGACAUUAAGGACUUGUGCCCCAAUAAAUUAUCGCCAUCGCUUCUCUGCGGAACAUCAUCGAGCAACUUGCCCAACUACAGAUUCCUUUUCAUGUUUGGCAAUUUUUUACACGGAUGUGGCUCGUCGCCCUACUAUACUCUUGGGGUGGCCUACUUAGACGACAACGUGCCUACCAAGACCUCUCCUGUUUAUCUGGGCAUAUAUUUCGCCAUGGCUAUAUUGGGUCCAUCUGUAGGGUUCAUUUCUGGAGGGUAUUUCCUGUCACAGUACACGGAUGUCACCAAACCGGCGAAAGAAAUCAAAAUCAAUCGCUUCAGCAAACUUUGGGUUGGUGCCUGGUGGUGUGGAUUUGUCAUUGCAGCAUGUCUCUCUUUCAUUGUGUCGAUACCCAUAUUUGGAUUCCCAAAGGAACUUCCAGGUUACCGGGCCCUCAAGGCGCUUAAAAAAGUCGAAGUGGACAAAAAUCUCCAGCCUAAAAUAAGCAGUGAAAAGCAAGAGCCCUUUCUGACUGUGAUCGCCUUCCUGCUGACCAACAGGGUAUAUGUCCUCCUGACAUUAGGCGGCACGGUGGAAACGAUGAUGGCAUCCGGACUUUCUGCUUUCAUCACCAAGAUUCUGGAAAGCCAAUUCGGACUCACAUCUACUGCGGCAGCCACACUAUUAGGUGUAAUAGCUAUUCCGAGUGCAUGCGGAGGUACAUUGUUGGGGGGCUACAUCAUUGACAAGUUUGACCUGAUGUGUUCGAACAUCAUUCGAAUGUGCGUGCUAACGACUAUGGCGACGUGGUUCGUCAUGAUGUUCAUCCUGCUGCACUGUCCAAAUGCCCCCUUCGCUGGAAUUCCGCCACAUAAAGAUAACUACACAACUCUCAAGACCCAGUGUAACGAAAAAUGCGACUGCAACGAGAUGCUGUACAGUCCUAUCUGCGGCAAGGACAACGUUACUUACUACUCCCCCUGCUUUGCUGGUUGCCAUAAGGAGCACUUUGUACACGGCAGCGUGCUCUUUUCGGAAUGCAGCUGCAUAACGACAAAAGACCCCAAAGAUCAUCUCAGUACUGAUGCAUCAGUGAAAGUGGAAGCGGAACUGACACGAUGCCAGACGACAUGUAACUUGGUCAUUCCAUUCGCCAUCGGCUUGUUCUUGGCACUCUUUGGGACGUUCUUUAACAGCUCGCCUGGACUAAGCGCAACCAUUCGGUGUGUCGGAGAGUCUUCGAAGACGGUAGCACUGGGUCUGCAGUGGGUGUCUGUACGCCUCUUCGGGACCAUCGUAGCGCCAAUCGCGUUCGGCUUCAUAAUCGACCGCAGCUGUCUCAAGUGGCAAUCUCUCUGUGGGAACCAGAAGGGUUCAUGUGCCGAGUACGAAAACACUAGUAUGAGCUAUCAUCUUUACGGGUUCCUCAUGUUUCUAAAAACGGUGUCUGUCGUUCUGUUCUUUUCUGCUUGGGUGAGCUACGGACCAGCAAAGUCGACCUCCAGCACGCCGACGCAAGGAGGCGUGCGGGAAAACGGCGCACCCGCGCCGUCAGCAGUUCCACCUGCGCUUCCUAGUUCAGCAGCUCCAGCGAAGACAGCGGCUGUGGGGGAGCCCCCAGUUGCACCCCAGGCUCCGACUGCUGAACAGGCGCAACUUUCGCCACAGGGACAAGCCAGGCCAAGGCUUCUGGAGCCUCGCGCGGGAGCUUCCGUAGCACACUCCCCCAGAGGUCCUGUUCAAUAGGGUUGUGCACAAUGAACGUCUUUUAUGCGUCUGCCAGUGGUGACAAUUUUUUCUAGUUAUGGUGUUUCGUUAUCUUUCGGUACUUUGGUGGAGUGAGCCAAAAUAAACUGUGCUUUAGCGUGGGCUUGGCCCAUUGUUUCAGAAGCACGAUUGUUGUCUCUGGGGAACCAAGAAGCUGAAAGUAAAUAUCUACUGGCA